CUCAGCGACGACAUUCCCUUCAGGGUGAACUGGCCCGGCACCGAGCUCAGCCUGCCUACAGCCGGCGUCCUGUACAAGGAGGACAACUACAUCAUCAUGACCACUGCGGACAAGGAAAAAUACAAAUGUAUGCUUCCGCUGAUAGCCAGUGGCAGUGAGGAAGAAGAAAAGGACUACAAAGGUCCUACUCCAGGAGAACUGCUGGAACCUCUUUUUAAGCAAAGUAGCUGUUCCUAUAGAAUUGAAUCUUACUGGACUUACGAGGUCUGCCACGGAAAACACAUCCGUCAAUAUCACGAGGAGAAGGAAACGGGACAGAAAAUAAACAUCCAAGAAUACUAUCUGGGGAAUAUGAUGAUGAAGAACCCAUUAUCAGAACCAGAUCAAGAAGAGAAGGAAAAUCCAAAAGAGAGUGCAAAAGAGAUACCUACAAAAAACAUAGAAGGGCAGAUGACUCCAUACUAUCCUGUAGAAAUGGGAAACGGCACACCUUGCAGCUUGAGACAGAACCUACCCCGGUCGAGUACAGUGAUGUACAUCUGUCACCCAGAAGCUAAACACGAGAUUCUUUCAGUAGCAGAAGUUACAACCUGUGAAUAUGAGGUGGUUAUCCUGACACCCCUGUUGUGCAGCCAUCCUAAGUACAGGUUCAGGGCUUCCCCUGUGAACGACAUCUUUUGCCAGUCUUUGCCAGGAUCCCCACUUAAACCCCAUAAUCUGGAACAGCUGGAGAAACAGCAAGAAAUGAUGAAGAUGCCUUUUAGAAGGGUUAAAGAGGAAGAAAUGCAUUCAACAAAAGAAGAGAAACUUUCUUCCAUUCACAAGCCUGUUGCUGUUGGAAGCCAUCAACUAUUAACUGUGGGAACAACCCACAUCUCCAAACUGACCGAUGACCAGCUUAUAAAGGAAUUUCUUAGUGGUUCCUACUGCUUCCAUGGGGGUGUUGGUUGGUGGAAGUACGAGUUCUGCUACGGCAAAUACGUUCAUCAGUAUCAUGAGGAUAAGGAAAGUGGCAAGACUUCUGUGGUCGUGGGUACCUGGAACAAGGAGGAACACAUGGAAUGGGCCAGGAAGAACGCUGCCAGAACCUACUAUCUCAGAGAAGACGGCACGCAGACACUUUUCCAUUCUGGCAGGAUGGUGUCUCAUUUCUAUGGAAAUGGAGAUGUUUGUGACUUAACAGACAAGCCGAGGCAGGUGACUGUGAAAUUGAAAUGUAAAGAGUCCGAUUCCCCUCACGCCGUGACCAUAUACAUGUUAGAGCCUCAUUCUUGCCAAUACAUCCUUGGGGUGGAGUCUCCGGUCAUCUGUAAAAUUCUGGACACAGCAGAUGAACACGGGCUCCUUUCGGUGCCCAGCUGA